AAACAAAAACAAACAAAAAAAUGUAAAUAAUGCUUUAAAACUUAAUAAUACAUUUUGAAUGUUUUGUCAUUUACAUGUUACUAUAAAAUAUAGUUUGUAAUGGCUACAUCAUAUGUUAUUGGCUAAAGGUACCAAAAUUUGUUUAUUUUGUCCCCCAUUUCUGGAUAUUUAAGUUGUUACCAAAUUUUCAUUAUUGUAAAAAAAACUCUGUGGCGAAUAUUCUUGCGGCAAAAUUUAACAUAUGCGUGACUGCUUCCUCAGGAUGGAACUACAAUUCUGAAUCUAAGAAUGUAUUCAAUUUUAAGGUUUUUGAUACACAUUGCUAAAUAAUCUUUUAGAAAGUUCAUAUGACAGUGUACGUCUCAGGACACCCUUGCUAACAGUGAACAUUAUUAUUUUCAAAAAUCUUGUCCACUUUGAUAGGCAAAUAAUUGAAAGCCAAGCUAAACUUGGAUUACAUGUCUAACUGGCAGUCAUCAUGUUCUAUGUUUAGAUUUUUGUAGUGAGCAGCCAUAGGAUUUCACACAUUGAGCACUCUCCUAAGUGUUAUCUCCAUUUGUUCUGUUAGAAGAAUUGAGCCAGGCCCACCAGGCCUAUGGGGAACGGGACUGCAGCGGUGACUGAGUUUGUUCUGCUGGGGUUUCCCCUGAGCAGGGAGGCGGAGCUGCUGUUCCUGGUGCUCCUGCUGCCCACGUUCCUGCUGACUCUUCUGGGGAACCUGCUUAUCAUCUCCACCGUGCUGUCCUGCUCCCACCUCCACACCCCCAUGUACUUCUUCUUGUGCAACCUCUCCACUCUGGACAUCCUUUUCACCUCAGUCAUCUCUCCAAAAGUGUUGGCCAACUUAGGAUCUGGGGAUAAAACCAUCUCCUUUGCCGGAUGUAUCACCCAGUGCUAUUUCUACUUCUUCUUGGGCACAGUUGAGUUCCUCCUGCUAACGGUCAUGUCGUAUGACCGCUACGCCGCCAUCUGCUGCCCCCUGCGAUACACCACCAUCAUGAGACCUCCCGUCUGCAUUGGAACUGUUGUGUUCUCUUGGGUGGGAGGCUUCCUUUCUGUGCUCUUUCCAACCAUCCUCAUCUCGCAGCUGCCCUUCUGUGGCUCCAACAUCAUUAACCACUUCUUCUGUGACAGUGGACCCUUGCUGGCCCUGGCCUGUGCAGACACCACUGCCAUCCAGCUGAUGGAUUUUAUGCUUUCUUCCGUGGUCAUCCUGUGCUGCAUAGUCCUCGUGGCCUAUUCCUACAUGUACAUCAUCUUGACAGUAGUGCGCAUUCCUUCUGCAAGUGGAAGGAAGAAGGCCUUUAAUACCUGUGCUUCCCACCUGACCAUAGUCAUCAUUUCUAGUGGCAUCACUGUGUUUGUCUAUGUGACCCCCUCCCAAAAAGAAUAUCUGGAGAUCAACAAGGUCCCUUCAGUACUGAGCAGUGUGGUGACCCCAUUCCUCAACCCUUUUAUAUAUACAUUGAGGAAUGACAGAAUGCAGGGAGUCCUCAGGGGUAUGUGGGUCAGGGUUCGAGGAGUUUUAGAAAAGAGGAUGAGGGCUGUGCUGAGGAGCAGUUUGUCCUCCAACAAAGACCACCAAGGAGGGGCUUGCUCUUCUCCACCACGUAUCUAUUGUGUAAAGCCCCAGUGUUAGAAAGAGAGGAGCUGCCUUUGUGAAAGAGAGGAGCUGCCUUCACGAAAGAGUGAGCUGGCUAAGGAAUUCUGAAUAGUCUAUAGUGGAAAGACUGCUGUGGAGACAGAGACUUGGACUCUGGCCUUGGUUCUAACUUUAAUCUGUGACCACAGCUGUGUCACCAGCCAUUCUGACCCUCAGUAGUCCCAGCUGAAGUGCAACAGGGCUGGACUUGAUGAUCUCUAAGUCCCACCCACACUGAAUAUUGUAAGAAUGGAAGGGCCAUGCAGCCCAUUUCCUCCUAGAAGUCUUAACAUGUUUGGCCCAUUUCCUUAUGGAUCCCGACCACAACUGUUCCAUCAUCUUGACAGGAAGUCCUUCCUGGACUUCUCUGCUUGGACCCUCUUUCUUUCCAUCUUCUGCAGGAUCUUUUUAGAAAUAACCUUUAUUAUUCUCUAAUACACUAUCAUAUCCUGUAAUUCAUUUUUUUCCUAGUGGGCAUUUGCAAUGAUUGUGACGGGUGUAUGUCAUCAUCUGUGUUAUUUAAUAAUAUUGCUUUCUGUAAUAGAACAUGUUCAUAAUAUCCAACAUGUUCACGUCUUUAUGUAAGACAUGGCCUUGUUCCCCUAGCCACUAAUAAUUGAUCCAUGGUUGGAUAAUCUGACUGAAGGCAUAACUCAUCACCUGCAGGGACACAUGCACACAUGAGACUGGCCAAUGACCUAUGACCUGUGUGGCUUGGCUGGACCAGAUGAGCUGUGCAAACAGAUACCACUUUUUUGAUAAAUUGAAGCAAAAAACACAGAGAUUAUUCCACACAAGUGUGAUGCUUCCCCUGGAAGCAGAAAUAGGCUUGGUGGCUGGAGUGGCCACUUUGGGUGCCAGGUGCAAGCUGAUGAGUAAUUAGAGGGAAUCAGUCUGCCUGUCAGAGAGAAUGGAGUUGACAUAUAGAGAAAAACAGAAGAGACAGAUGAGAGCCCACUCAGCUGCAGAGGCAUAGCCCAAAGAGUCCUCCUCUCUCACGACUUCCUAGGCCUGGAGCUAGUAACAGUUUUGAUUACUGUUCCUGGAUUUGAUGUGUUUUGCCUGAACCUGUAAAUCAAAUCCCUUUUUAUUGAGCUAUCUUGAGAAGGUCUUAGAUUCUUGUGACCAAAAAGCAGGUUGAUUACAAAGUUCACUGUCUCCACACCAAGCAUAGCUUCUCCCUUUUUCUGGCUCCAUACAACUGGAAAGAAUCUGGUUUUUAACCACACUCCUAGUCUGAAUUCUUGGUGCCCAAACACUGCCUGGGAUAUUUAACUGACCCUCCUCUGGGCCAAUGGUUCAGCUCACUGCAAAUCAGCUUUUCAAUGUCAUCAGAAUCUUUGAGGCUUAAUUUUCUGUCCUACUUGGCUGCUAGUGCUGCAGCAUCCACUUUGCUAAAUUAGCCCCUGUGCUCUGCAUGAAACUGGUCAGAAGGACACGUACAUACCUAAGGAACUGCUGCAGAGUUCUGUGGAAAUAAAUGAAGACCACUAAAAUGAACACAGAGGCCACUUAUUCAGAACUGGCUAUAUCAGAGGAGUCAGCCACCAUCACUUGCAUUUGGCAGAGAAUCAAAGGCAGGCAGGGGAGUGGAAAGCUUCAUAGUAGAAAAAAAAGGGGAAGGCCUGGGUAUUCCUUGAUUAGAGGGUUUUGGCAUGGAGAAGCUAGAGGUGAGAUAACUAGCAGCAGGACAUCUUAGGGGAUGGUUUGGGAAGCAUAUUUGGCUUUCUCUGGUCUUGAGUU